AUGUCGAGUAGUUUUAUUGGUAGUAAAAUAGCAAUUAUUACCAAAUCUCAAUGUCGAUAUGUUGGAACAAUUAUUGGCAUCGAUGCUCAAGCAUCAUCAAUACUUCUUGGAAAUGUCAAAUGUUUUGGUACAGAAAAUCGUGCAGGAAAUUUUUCUAAUAAUCAAAUAGCCGGUACACUUGUACCUAUAAUGCAAUUUGCUAAUAGUGAUAUUGAAGAUUUAAAAAUUGUUGAUGAUGAACAAAUAGUUGAUGGUCAACCAAAACAACAACAACAACAACAACAACAACAAUCAUCAUAUCCUAUGUCUGUUUUAUCAUCACCACCAAUACCACCACCACCACCUCAAAAACAAUCAUCAAUACAUGAUGAUCCAGCUAUUGUAUCGGCAGUUAUUAGUACAUCAAAUAAAGAUUUACCAAUAUCUAGUCGAUUAGUACAUGAUCUUCAUCAAUUAAAAUUAUCGGAUGAUCAACAUUUAAAAAAUUUAUCAAAAACUGAAGAAUCUCGUCUUCGUACUGAUUCCGGUGAACUUGGUGCAUCAUGGUCUUUAUUAUCUUCAUCGCAAUGGAAUAAUAAUACUAAAUCUUCCUCUCAACAACAACAACAACCAUCAAGCAAUAAAAGCAAAUUUUUUGAUGAUUUUUCAUUAAAUACAACUGAUCAAUUACAAUCAAAUCGUUCUCAACAACGAUGGCCAUCAAAUACUCAUUCAACUCAAACAUCACAUCAUCAAGAUAGUCAUUAUAAUGAACAAGAAGAUGAUAGUGGAUUACCUGUUCGUCAACCAUUUUUUUCAAAUGAUCGAAAUUAUUCUCAACAACAACAACAACAGCAGCAACAACAAAAUCGUUAUCAAAAUGGUAAUAUAUAUCAUCAACAAAGAUAUUUUCAUAAUAAUAAUAAUAAUCGUCGUAUACAAAUGAAUAAUUAUCAACGACGUCCAGGUGAUGGUAAUCGUGAAACAUUUCAUGAUAAUGGUAAUAUUUAUGAUGAUGAUUUUGAUUUUGAAACAAAUAAUCGUAAAUUUAAUAAAUUAAUAAGUGAAGAUGAAUUUAAAGAACAAUCCGAAUCAUCAAAUCAAUUUUUAAAUUUUAAACAUGAUUCAAAUUUAACAAAUGAUUAUGAACCAAUAUAUGAUAAAAAGAAAUCUUUUUUUGAUAAUAUUGCACUUGAAGAUACAUCUAAUGUAUCAGCACCUAUGUAUAAUUAUUCAAGAAAUCAAGAUACAUUUGGUAAUGAUAGAAAUCAACGUCAAAAAUAUCGUGGAAAUUCUAGUGGUGGUUAUAGACGAUCAAAUUAUAAUAAUUAUCGACAACAACAAAGAAAUGAUGAUUUUUAUUAUCGACAAAAUAAUAAUGGAUAUCAUUAUCGAAAUUGA